GCAGAGGCCAAGCUUGGACGGCAAGAAGCAAGGUCAAAUCACAAAGAGCACAAUAAGACUGUGGACAUGCCUCCUGCAACAGCUGUGCGCAUGCAGACCGGAAGCGCGCACAGUCCAAUUUGUUUGGACGGGGGAGACGUGCAUGACUUCAGAGUCGCAACGGCAUGUGCGCCCCGCCAGAGUGAACAGCGCCAGCAACCCAACUAAUGGGAAGAAGGGAGCUCAACCAUAAAAAGGCGACUCCUACGGGAUGAACAGCAUGCCGCUGAUUUACGUGUAUGCUGAAUGAGGAGGUGGACGAGAAGGGCGACGACGACGAGGAAAAGAAGGAAAGCCAGAAUGAGGAAGACGAGAGGAAGAGGAGACGCUGGAGGAGGGGGCCAUGGAUCAUGGAUUGGCCUGCCUCCCAAAAAGAGGCAGGUCCGAGAAGAAAGAAAUUCGGGGAGAAUGCCAUGCAGCAAGCGCAACCUCAUGCCAGCCGCGUGCCCGGUCGUGGCUGUGUCAUUGCCCGGGGAAGGCCCGAGGCGGCUGCAGAUCGCAUGCAGAAUAACAAUGUAGGUAGCUCGGCACCGGUCCCAAACGUGCGCAAGCCGCGUGCCCCUCGAGCCACGCCAAGCGAGGAGGCUCUGGCGGACACGGGGAGCGGUGCGUGCCGGAGCCUGGGGAGGCCAGGCGGGCGCAAAGACGAGGUCGGGGAGGAGAGCGGGGGGACAGGGCAGAAACGGGGGCAAACGAGGGACGAGGACGACGAGGACGGGCCAGUGCUGACGUCCAUCAGUCUGCGGAGGCACUGAUGUCGGAGGCGUUGCUCGAACGGUCAGCCCUACAGUCCACCGUCGUACGGCCACGGCCACGCAGUGGGUGGCCAGAAAAAAACGAAAACGCAAACCUCCAGCGCCCGCGGACAGAAGAUCUCCUUCCUCGGCGCGCCGCUUCGGCGCCUAGGGGGCGAAAAGGUGGCCAGCUGGCGCGCGAUCAGAUUGCGACGACGGGGCCGUCCUCGGGCACAAGUCAGAGACGUUCGGCGGCUCGUCCGCCGGCGUGGUGAGAUCCACGGGCGCCUUCGGGCGGCAGGCAGUCGGGGCCGCCGGCGCGCACGUUGGCGGCAGCGGGCGCGUCCGCCGGCGGGGUGACAACCGCCUGGGCGCUGGCCUGGGGGGCGCCCGCAGCGGCGGCGGCAGGUGAGGCAGCCGCCGCUGGGGCCCGCGGGGCGCCGCCCGCGGCCGCUCG